GGUGCUCUCUAUAUGAGAACCUUUCGCCCCACUAUAUUUUACCUCUGCUUCCAGACAAAGACAACGCAAGCAGUCUUACAACAACCAUGAGGUUAUUCAAUCCGAAUUUCAUUGUUGCCUCCGGAAUCUGGACCUCCGUAGUCACUCUCGCUCUCCCGGCCAAUGUUCACAACGUCUCCCUUACCGGUGAUGGUCAUCGCCGUCUACAAGCUCGUGGGUUUCUACCCCCUCCCUCAAGCGACGAGGAAUGGGCGAAAUACUUGUGCAAGGGCGAAAAGCUUCUCACGAUGAUGAAUAGUGAUGAUAGGACUGCUGGAAGAAUGCUUGAGCCACCACAGGGAUCUGCUGCUAGUCAAUUCACCAACUUUCCCGGCGAGUUCGACAAGUGGUUUUACCAACCUUUCAACGAUGACCAGACAGACCUCGGCGAGUACUACUAUGGUCUUUCAGACGCAUUGAAGGAUAUGGGUAUCUCUAGGCGCCGGGACGAUUGGUCAUUUCUGAGGGCCACACAUGGCGAUCGUCGACCGGGUGCGCCGAACCUCAAUGACCAGACUUAUGUGGUCAAUGGCCAUACUUAUCGGGUAAGAAUGAUAUCGCUACUUUAACUCCUGCUCGCGCUAAUAGUAUACAGGCAACUGGUGCCGAGUUCGUGGUACCCACAAACGCAAAAGAUGGAGGUAAGUUCACU